AUGGCUCACGGAGAAGUCCCUUCUGUCAAGUCGCCUGAUGAGCCUCAGCAUCUCGAGGCAAUGGAUCUUGCAGAAGAUGAGAAGACAGUGGGAUCAAACGAUGUUCAAAGCUGUUGGACACCCGAUGAGGAGCGUUUGGCUCUCCGCUCGGAAAGCUUGAUUGUUGUUUCAUUGUUUGAGUUACCUCUACUAUUUCAAUGGCAAAUGGACGUAUUGAUACUUGACAAGAGGAUCAGGUCUCUUGAUCUGGUAUCUUACGUCGACCGUGGUGAUAUUGGAAAUGUAUACACCGCUGGUUUGGGCAAGGAGUAG